UUGACCCUCUGUUGCGCCAGCAUUCUAAUCAGCAACCAUGGCAGAUACCACCCACGGUCAGGGUUCCAAACAGCGAGAGUCGGCCCAGCUGGUCAGUCGAGGAUCGUGCGUUCGAGAAUCGAGAUGAAGACCACGGUUCAGCUGCUAGCGCUGGUCGCUGGUGUGCUCGCUCUGGCGAGCGCAAGUGGGCAAACUACCACCAAUGGUUCGCCAAGAGGUGCACCGUAUCGGAUCGAUUUAGCACAGUACAACCAGGCGCUGUUGCCAAGGAUUCGUCCAUUGAUUGAAGCACCGGAGGAUCUGCGUGAGGAAGAGAUCGUGCCAUUCUUUGAGCUGCUGCCCGACUAUCGCGAACGGUUGAGUGGAAACUUUCUGAUCGAUGGAUUCACACGGGCCCGUGAUACCGGCCGCUGUCUGCUGUGCAUGUCCACGUCCUAUCUGUUCCUCGCUUUGUACAACGAAACGGUAUCGCUGACGGAUGGGCGUACCGAGCGGUUGCGUACGAUCGCCGGGCGCCUCUGUCGGUUGUUGGGUUUCAAGGCGUACCUGUGUAAUGGUGUGAUCGAUAUGAACGGUGAUAUCAUACAGUACGUGCUGGAGCACCGGCAGCCAUUCCCGGAGCCGGCCGAUAUCUGUCAGGUGUACCUACAGGAGCUGGACUGUAUGGGUGACGGCCGGAACGUUAGCGCUCCCGAUGCCUAUCGUACGAUCGCGAUCAGUGCUCCGGUGAAGGAGGAGCCCAGCCACGGCUCAUUUGUGGCAAGAGCGGCAAGUGAUAAGAAAUCUGGUGCGGUGAACACAGAAGGUCAAUGUCCUAGAAGAAAAAGUGGCAAACAUCGUGAUAGCAAUCGAGGUGCGCCACCAACACGGGAUCCCCUGACGAUCGUACACCUAACCGACAUCCAUUACGAUCCGGAGUACGUGGUCGGUGUGAAUGCGGAUUGCCACGCGGAAGCGUGCUGUCGUGUGUUGCCGGAUCUACCGCCAGCAAAUGGAACGGUGGACGGUGCCGGUUACUGGGGAGAUUAUCGUGAUUGUGACACACCGUGGCAUGCGGUGGUGGAUUUGAUGGAACACAUCCGCACCCAGCACGAGCAAAUCGAUGCGAUCUACUUCACCGGUGACAUCGUGCAUCACUUCACCUGGAACACAACGAUCGAGACGAACGAGCAGGCGAUGCGACAGGUGUUCGAUCUCAUGAAGCAAACCUUCCCCGGUGUACCGAUCUAUCCGAUCUUGGGUAAUCAUGAAUCACAUCCAGCCAAUCUUUACGCUCCUCACACCGUGACUGAGACACUUCGGACGAACUAUCUGUACGACUUUAUCGUCGAACAGUGGGCCGAUUGGUUACCCAUGACGGGCCGGAUCCGGGAAACACUCUCCGAGGGUGGCUACUAUUCGGUUCGCACACCGUACGGCUUGCGCAUCAUCGGUCUCAACAACAACCCGUGCUUCGUGCACAAUUUCUGGCUGUUCUACUCGCUGGAUUACUUCAUGCCGCAGCUACAGUGGCUGCACGAUACGCUGCUAGAAGCGGAACAUGCCAACGAGCGGGUUCACAUUUUGGCCCACGUGCCCUCGUACGAUGACUAUUGCUUUGUUGGCUGGACCCGAGAGUAUCGUAAGAUUGUGGAACGGUUUGCGCACAUCAUUACCGCCCAGUUCAACGGUCACUCGCACGUGGACGAGUUCAAUCUGUACUAUCCGCGCGCACCCGCUACCGUCGAUCCGUUGCGGCCGAUCAGUGUUGCUUGGAACGGUGGAUCGACGACAACGUUCACGAAACUGAAUCCCAACUACAAAGUGUUCCUGUUCGAUCCCGUCAGCUUUGAACCGAUCGAGCAGGACACUUGGAUGUACAAUCUAACCUCGGCCAACGCGGCACCCAAUCAACGACCGGAAUGGUUCCGUGCGUACAGCUUCAAGGAGUACUAUCAACUCCCGGAUCUUAGUCUCGAUUCGCUCGGCUGGCUCGUGCAGCGGUUCGCCCAAUCCGAGGAACAACUGGCCAGCUACUGGCGUGCCAAGCAGAAGUGGGCUGAUCCGCUGCUGCAGGAAGGCUGCACGGGAACGUGUCUCCGGGAGGCACUGUGUGCGAUCGUGCGUACCGAACACGACGAUAACCGAGUCUGUGAGGCGCUCUAUCAACCACCGCCCGAAGUGCAAUCGGUGGUUAAUGGUGCCUAGAGGAAGGGCCUAAUCUUUCCACAUCGAACUAACUUUGAAUAAUGAUGCAAACCGAAUGAUGUUCAAACCUA